CAAAAUAUAAAUAGAAAACUUAAGAAAAUGAUGAUAAAAGAUAAUUUGAAAGUAUCGAUUAACAUUUUUUUCUUAAGCAUACAUUCUUGUAUAAUUCAAAGUGUAUUCAACACUUCGGUAUAAUUGAAUCAUGCAUGGUAACACGGAUAAGUCAUCAAUAUGUGUUCAAAGGAUCAAUACAGUGAGAUGAAGGAUAAAUUUAAACCACCCAAAUUGAAGCAGCCAACAACUACUCGAGCUCGUUGUUAUGAACAGUUCCUUUGGCAAGAGUUGUACGACGAAUACAUUCGCUACAAUGACCGUUUGGUUAAUAUAAAGCCUGACAAAGCAAAUACAGAAUAUUUUGAUGAAUAUUGUAAAAAGGUACCAAAAGAAGAUAUGGCUAAAAAGGAGCGGUUGAUUAAUAUUUAUCCGUUAUACAGCACAAGUGCUAUAACGGUAUGGAAUAACAAUGGUGAUAUAACUAGAGAUUUUAAAAAGCGUUACAUUAUAACUCGACCGGUGCAAGAACAAGCUGAACAGUUUGGAUAAAUUUUUUGAGUGAUUCGAGAUCUCCUCUACAAGGGUUGAAAUCACGACAACCAGGACGCACCGUUUUUUUUGAAGCCCCCACUCCACCGGCCCGUAUCUCGACGAAUUUUGUUUUUUUUUUGCAAUUGUUUUUAUAUUAUUAAAAUGUCAAUAAAAAACAUAUAUAAAAUGUAUAGUA